AUGGCGAAAUACACAACCUUCGUUGCCCUUCUCUUCUGUCUUCUCCUUAUCGCUGCUACUAAUUCACACAGUAGUAUCUACAUUCUGAAAAAUAGCGCGGCAGAAGUAAACAGUUUGCCUCUAUAUGAUCUUUACCAUUCAACUACAUUGCCUUCAAAACAAAAUCAUGUCGACCCCAAUGCCAACCCCAAGGGUGACGAGAAGCAAAAAAUCAAAGAUCUCGAUCCCAGGAUAGCACUUGUGGGGCCUAAUGGAGCUGGAAAGAGCACACUGCUUAAGCUGAUGAAAGGGGAUUUACUCCCCACUGAUGGCAUGGUUAAGCGGCAUAACCAUCUAAAAAUUGCGCAGUACUAUCAGCAUUUGGCUGAGAAGCUAGACAUGGAUAUGUCAGCUCUUCAGUACAUGAUGAGAGAGUACCCUGGGAAUGAAGAGGAGGAGAUGAGGGCAGCAAUUGGGAGGUUUAGCCUCACAGGUAAAGCUCAAGUAAUGGCUAUGAAGAACUUGUCGGAUGGUCAACGUAGAAGGGUGAUUUUUGUGUGGUUGGCUUAUAGGCAACCUCACAUGCUGUUGCUGGAUGAGCCAACCAACCAUCUUGAUAUCGAGACAAUUGACUCACUAGCAGAGGCAUUGAAUGAAUGGAAUGGUGGGAUGGUUCUAGUUAGUCAUGAUUUUAGGCUCAUAAACCAGGUUGCCCAUGAGAUAUGGAUAUGUGAAAAUCAGGUUGUGACGCGACGGGAGGGUGACAUCAUGGACUUCAAGAAACACUUGAAAAAGAGGGCCGGAUUGCGCGGCUGA